UUGGUUAGGGUUAGGCACGAGAGCCAAUAAGAGACAGCGUCCUUUCUUCUGAUGUCACUUCCGUGUCAAGAACUAAAUAAAUUGUGUAAGGUAAAAACAGAAAAACGAUAUAUCCAUGGAUUGCUCAGUGCUCUCUGGACGCCCGCUUUACACUUCUAUUCAAUGGAUAAUCAACGCAUUAUUUAUUACACUCAAGAUAUUCUACUUAUAUUUCGGUUGCUGCCAGCACGAUCCAGCAGAGACAGUUCAGAGGAUCUAUUGUGGGGCCAUAGACAUGCCCAGUCUGCGACAGUACAAAUGGAACGCACUGACAUGACAUGGCAAGACCACUGACUGGUCUUGUACAUCAUAGGCGUACAUGUAUAUCAACCCAGUCUCGUGGCAGUUCGUGUGUAUAUCGUAGUAUAUAUCUAUGGUAGAAAGAGACACAAUUCAUCAUGGCAUACAUCUUGCCCUCAGUAGGCUUCAGCUAACGGCUAACGACAACAACAACUUAGUUCGACGCGGAUACAUGGAAAAGAAAAUUAAGCAGUGCUGAAGGCGAUACGAUGUUGGAAUGCUCCACCGGUAUCCAAGUGGAGCCACGAAAUUAAAACAUUGAAGCCAAGCUACAUAUCACGGUCUAAGGAUCAAAUGAGGUUGCACGUCAUCAAACAACAGUAGAGGAAGCCUGUGGGGUGUAUAUAUGUGAGAGACAAAGACAGUAUACAAUCAGUGUGGCAGAAUGAAGAACCUCUGUUGGUCCACACUGUUGCUCUGCGUUUUUGCCAAUGCAGAGAAUAAUGCAGUGUGGCGAGAGGCUGGCAAGAACGUCACCUUAAAGUGUUCCUCCGCUGGAUGUCCCCGCAGCAUUGAAGGGUCUGAUGGGAUGUAUCUGUAUCACAGUCAAGAUCAAGAUCAUAAGCAGCAGAAAGAGGUGCUUUACUAUCACCCCUAUCCAGGAUCAACUGACAAAAUAACCCCGCGAACUGGAUACACAGGCAGGAUUGAGACAAAAGGAUCAUUGUCGAACCACAACAUCACCAUCAGCAACCUGACCGUGAACGACUCUGGUUUCUACAGUUGUGUCUACAUCAACAAUGUUCAUGUCCCAUGCAGCACCUACACACUUUUUAUAAGCGGGGUGGUACCAUGUUCCACAGCAGCAGCAGAAGUGUCUCGUGUCCCUGUCAAUGAGAAAAGUCUACCUCUGGUCCUAAUCAUUAUCGCCGCCUGCACCGUCAGCACCCUAGUAACUGUGAUGUUGAUCCUGCUGAUAGUCCCGAGGGUGAAACGAUGGACUAGCAGAAGAAGAAGAAGAACGAGUGUUUCGCAAGUCUCCAGUGAUUAUGUGUAUGAAGUUAUGAACGGCUUUCGCCAUGCUCAAAAGCAGUCGCCGCCAAACCCUUAGGAUUGUGCUUAGUAUUGCUUGGCAUAAAAAAUGAUUGGCUUGGUGGCCGUCUUCUUCUUGAGGGUUGGUUUACGUGUUUGACUGUUUGUGAUUUUAAUCAACACAUCAGACAAAAUGUAAAAUACAUGUUUAACAGCUAAAAAUGGGGUAUUAAAUCUCCAAAAUCUUUCAUUGCUGUGAAAUAUAGCUUUUUUGGCUAUAUUUGACUGAUUGAUCAAAAGUAAUACAUGCUUAAAUAAUGUUCUUCAUGUGUCAUACCGUAUUAAAAUGGUUUAUUAACUCACAUAAUUAAUCCUCACAUAACUACGACACCGUGAGGCAUUACUGGAAAUUGUGUGGGCUUGCAGGGGCUUAUGCUCUAUAAAAAAUACAAAUAAAAUGUUUGCGAGAAACAAAACAGAGAGCUAAAACUAGGCUAUAUGAUGAGCAAGUAAGAGAUGCAACACUGGUGCAGGAGGCUGAAAUCACACCGGUCUGAUCAGUCAGAUUAUUGAUUGGAUUAGAUUUGCCAUAAGACACAAUAUGUGGCUAUAUUUUUGAAGGUUGUUUAUGACAGCUGUGAGGAAGUACAAACCACAUACUUAAGAGGAUGGGGUAGGUGUAAAUGUGUGGGUGGUUUGCAUGUCUAAGUUCUCACACAAUAUUUAUAUUAAUACAAAUCUAAUGUAACCAUAUAUUCAUAAUGGAGUUAAUUAGGCAUGAUUAUGUUAAAUGGAAAACAGAAAAACGAGAGUGAUGAUGGUAAAAAAGGUGGUGAUGAUAAUUGUUACUGUAAAUUAAAAGCUAUUAGUAAGGCAAUUAAUGUUUUAAUUUAUUGUGAUAAUUCUUGUUUCUGGUUCAGUGUUUUUGCUUUUAUAGUUUUUUCUUGUGCAUAUAAGGCAUAUACUACUGUAUAUAAUGCAACAUUUGUGCUGUAAAUUCAUCUAAUGUACUUCACGUGACAUUUAGGCCUAUUCUGUGGUAUUUAUACCUUCAGCCUUUGACACCAAUAACAUGGUGGGAUUUUGUGAGAGUGUUGGUCUUUAGAGGAAUACAUACUGAAAGAUGGUUACAGCUGUGACACCUUUUACCGCAGUUCAAAACCACCCAUUUGCAGACUUUUUUUUAUUUGGUCUGUGUUCUCCAGAAGCUGUCUGCUGUCUAUCCUCUGCUUGUUGUUACUUAUCUGUUUUUUACUACUGCCUCCUUUGUCUUGAUUCAUUGAUUUUAUUUGAUGAUUAGAUGACCCUCUUUUGAAUUGAUAUGCUUCCUGAAAUGAUCAUGUUUAACAUGUACAUGUAAGGAGUUUUAAACAAUGACCCCUUAAAUUCCUUUUUUUUCUUUUUGUAAUUAAAGAGCUGACAUACAAGGAGGUGGCAAACUAA